UCAGUAGAUCAGAAGUGCUUUAUAAUGCUGCAGGAGUUAGAGGCUGAUUUCUGUCUCGCAUAUUAAAUUAGAAUUCUUGUUAUGGAGGUUUUCCAAACCAGGAUUCUUCAUCUGUCUCUGUGUGUCAUCAUUACUCUACUGACCUAUGCAGAUAAUUCCAGAUCCAGUUCAGAGCAAAAGAUAAAGCAGCACAUCAACAAAACUGUCUUUGUGGGGGAAACAGUUACACUUCACUGCAACAGAACUCCGGCUGAUGAAGACAUUACAUGGAAAAUGAACAACUCCAUUAUAUUUAUUCAAAGCCCAUACUUAAACAGAACUACGACAAACUUCACCUCAGAAAGGAUGUAUAUUGAUCCAGAGGUUUCAAGGGAAUUGAAAAUAUCUCAAAUACAAAUGUCUGACGCAGGCAACUAUUCCUGUUAUCCAGCAGCAAUAAGAUGGAUAUUAACAAUAACAAUAACAAUAACAGACCAGAACAGACAAGACAAUCAAUUCCCCCGCAUCAUGAUCAUCACUGCAUGUACUGGAGUCAUUAUCAUGUGUCUAACAAUAAUCCUCAGCAUCUGGAUUCACAGGACAUGGAAAAACAAAACCUCAGGUCACAGAGAAACAGGGCUGGAUUUUUCACAGGCACCAACCAGAGGAAGGAUACAGGCUCAAAACAGCCAGUACUUUGAAAGAUACAACUCAGUGUAUGGACAAGUAACUGAAUAUGAUCACUUGUAAGAACUUUCUGGAACUAAAUAUGACAUUUUGCUUUGCUGAACUUACCAAUGGAGGCACCACUUUAUGCUAUCCUCUCGGAUCUGUCAUAUUUAGAAAGAACUAUGCAAUACAAAUCACUACACAAAUGAAUGUGCUUCUGAAAUGGAUUUAAAAUAAUGGGAUCAGCUCAAUGUUAUAUUGAAUAAUAGGAAUAUUCUCAGUAUAACAAACAUGGUAUCUGUGUCAUUUUUUCAGCUGCUCAUUUAAUCUUUACACAAUUAAGAUAAUAAGAGAGAGCCAGAUAAAUACAACCAUUCAAUUCUGCCAUUAAUUCCAGUGAACACAAAUCAUAAUAAUACUCCAUACAGUGGGAUUUAGGGAAUUGUGGGCUUCCAACUUUGUGGGAACAGUUUAGGGAGAGCCCUUUUCUAUUCCAGCAUUACAAUCCUCCCUCGCACAAUCGAGGUCCAUUAAGAAAUGUUUAACAGGAGUGGAAGAAAUGGACUGGCCUGAACCACAAUUUCGACUUUGGGGUGAUCUGGAACGCCAACUGUGAGCCUCAUCGCCCAAUAUCAGUGCUUGACCUCACUGAUCUUGUGUGUCUGAAUGGGAGCACAUCCCUGCAACAUACAGAAUAGUGGAAAGCUGUUAUUGAAGCAAAGGGAGAAUUGAUGCCUAUAGUUUUUGAAAUUACAUGUUUAAACACAAGCAAAUAUGGUGUCCACAUACAUUUGGUCACAUGGUGUAGGUGAAACGUUACCUUAAAUUGAGUAUUUUUACAUGUUUUAAAUGUGAGGACUGGCAUGAUCUUGCAAACUAAUCUCAGGUUACAUCACAGUUCAGCUUUAAAAAA